AUGCCAUACUCUGUAACUGUUGGUGACUUUAAUAACGAUACUUAUCUGGACAUCGUCGUCGCUAAUACAGAUGACAGCACUGUAAGCAUCCUUCUUGGAUAUGGUAAUGGCUCGUUUGCAAAUCAAAAGACGUAUUCAACUGGCUCUGGACCAUCAUCAGUAGCUAUUGGUGACUUUAAUUAUGAUACCAUACUCGAUAUCGUCACCACUAAUUUCGGUGACAACACGGUAAGUGUACUUCUCGGAAAUGGCGAUUGUUCUUUCGCUAAUCAAACGACAUACUCAACUGGUUCUGGCCCACACGCUGUCGCUGUUGGUGAUUUUAACCACGAUAAUCGAACGGAUCUUGCCGUUGCCAAUUUUAAUAACAACACUGUGAGCAUACUACUUCGUUAUGAUCGAGGUGCUCUGAAAGAUAAAGUCACAUUUGCGAGUAGCGAUGGUUCUCGUUUACAAAGCUUUGCCGUUUUUUAUCUAAAUAAUGACAGUCUAUUGGAUAUUGUCGUUGCUAAUUACGGUACUAAUAGCAUAGGUGUCCUUCUUGGCUAUGGGAAUGGUACUUACGGAAAACAAAUCGUGCUCUCAACAGGCUUAAAUUCUCAUCCUUACGCAAUAGCUAUCCAUGACUUCAAUAGAGACGGCCGAGUAGAUAUAGCCGUAGCUAAUUAUGGCACGAAAAAUCUUGUUACAUUUCUGGGAAAUGAAAAUGGAGCAUUUGAAAAUCAAGCCAGUUACGGUAUAAAAUUCGAUUUUUAUCCGGUGGCGAUUAGUACUAGUAGUUUGAAUCAAUAUGAACGUUCAGAAAUUUUCGUUGCAUAUGAUGGUAUUGAUUACAUAGAUGUGUUUAUCACAUACAACCUUGGAUCUUUCAGUCAUGACAUUAAAUAUUCAACUGGCAGUUGGCCUAGAUCCGUAGCUCUGGGUGAUUUUAACAAAGAUACCUAUUUGGAUAUCGUUGUUGCGAGUCAGUGGAGCAAUACUAUCAGUAUUCUUCUUGGCUAUAGCGAUGGUUCCUUUGCAAAUCAAACACAAUAUUCCACUGGCUAUGAGCCUUGGUCUGUAGCUGUUGGUGACUUUAAUAAUGACACUCAUCUGGACAUCGUUGCAGCUAAUUAUCAGGAGAACACUGUAAGUAUUCUUCUCGGAUAUGGUAAUGGUUCUUUUGCGAAUCAAACAAAAUAUCCAACUGGUUUUGGACCACACUCUGUAGCUGUCGCUGACUUUGAUAAUGACAAUAAACUAGAUAUUGUGGUUACUAACUGGCAUGGCAAAACUAUAAGUAUUUUACUUGGAUAUGGUAAUGACUCUUUUGUAAAUCAUAGAAAAUAUGCAACAGGCUAUCUACCACGGCCUGUAGCUGUUGGUGACUUUGACAAUGACAGUCAUCUGGAUAUCGUCAUCGGUAAUUAUGGUGACAAUACUGUAAGCAUUCUUCUCGGAUAUGGCAAUGGUUCUUUUGCAAAUCACAUAAUUUGUUCCACUGGUCCUCGGCCAGGAUCUGUAGCUGUUGGUGAUUCUAACAAUGACACACAGUUGGAUAUUGUCAUUGCUAAUUAUGGUGAUAACACUGUGAGUAUUCUUCUCGGACAUGGCAAUGGUUCUUUUGCCAAUCAAAUGAAGUAUUCAGCUGGUUCCGGCCCACAAGCUGUCGCUGUUGGUGAUUUUAAUAACGACAACAAACUAGAUAUUGUCGUUACUAACUGGAACGAUAACACUAUGAGUAUUUUACUUGGACGUGGUGAUGGUGUUUUUAAAAAACAAAUAAUAUAUGCCACUGGCAUCAGUCCUUCAUCUGUCGCUGUUGGCGAUUUUAAUAAGGACAGUCAAUUAGAUAUCGUUGUCGCUAAUCUUAAUAUGAAAAGUGUUAGUGUAUAUCUCGGAUAUCUAAAAGAAGGUUUCCUACAACAAACAAAACUUAUAACAGGCAAUGGAUCCCGCCCCAAGUCAUUUGCCAUUGGAGAUUUUAACAAGGACGGCCGGAUUGAUGUUGCAGUGGCAAAUUCAGGUACGAAUAAUAUCGGUAUUUUUCUGAGAUAUGACAAUGAUUCUUUCACAAAUCAUAUAACAUAUUCAACGGAUUCUUCACCACGGUCAAUAUCUAAAGGUGAUUUCAAUGGUGAUACAAUACUCGAUAUUGUUGUUGUGAAUCGUGAUAGUGACAACAUUGGUGUAUUCCUUGGACAUAGUAAUGGAUCCUUUUCAAGUCAACAGACCUUUACGACUGGUUCUAAUUCUCGACCGAACAUGGUAACUGUUGCCGAUUUUAACAAUGACACUUUACUGGAUGUAAUUGUUGCAAAUUAUGGAACAAACAAUAUAGGUGUAUUGCUCGGUUAUGGAAAUGGCUCGUUUCAAAACGUCAAGCCUUUUUCGACUGAUUAUGGAUCUCAUCCAUUCUCAAUUUCUGUCGGUGAUUUAGACGGCGAUGGAAAGUUGGAUUUCGUCGUUGCUAAUGAAGGUGACGAGAACUUGAAUAUUUUUUUACAAACUUGCUAAUAUUGACACUUUAGACUUAUGAUUGCUUUCUAUCGAUUCACCAUUUCUAAUUUUAACUUUCUUCUACUAAUAUUUCUUUUAACUAUUUUUCUGUGUAGAUAUGCAGAAAAUUAAUAAAUCUUAUAUAACGAUAAGCAGUAUGAAUGCGUCUUUCGAUCCUAUUCUGGGUCCUUGCCCGAUGAUUCAAAAAAAUGUAUGUUUUCAUGUGAUAUUGUGGUC